UCAACAGUAAAAACUCCAUUAUUUUUUGCUCGGAAUUUGUGAGAAAAAAAAACAGUGGGCAACUGUGAACUGGGGAUUACAUGGGCCGUUAUGGUUGUCGGAAUAUAUUUGAAAGCUCCACGGUUUAGCAGAAGAGAGAGCAAAACAACGGCCGGAUAGCUGCAGACCGGGAGCGGGACAUCCUUCAGUCUUGUCGGGACACUCCACAAUCAAGUAAAUUUCAGUCAGUUAGCUGACUGGCUAGCUAGCCUAGCUGGUUGCAGCGUUAGCUCCGAGAUCCCAGGCGCAGUAAAAUGAAGCGUUAUUGCCCUUUGUUUUUAAGUCGGACUGGCAGACGUUGUAUGAAUGCUGAGAGCUGAAUGAGCACACCGCUGCGGGAAUUGGAUUACACAAUGACUUAUUUUGCGCUCAUUUAUUAAAGUAUCAGCCGUUUUCAAAACAUUAUCUGGCUAGCCCGUUUGCUAGCCAGCUAACUCUUGAUUCUCCCGCGAGCCAGAAAAGCCAAGACUCCAAAACUUCGCCAACACAGAGCCUGACGCAGAGAAAAGGCUCUCCACCUUCACCCACAUCCCUACUCUGAUGUGAACUGAACUAAUAAAUCUGCAGGAGUCAUCCUUUAAGUGAGGGAUCUGCCUCAUAGCUGAAGAAAGUCGAGGUGUUUGGGCAAGUCAGGUUUUACUGGCAGUGUGCUUCUAACCCACCAGCAUGUACACUGGACAGUGGAUACUCUAGCCAAAACAGAUCCUGGCUUCCCAAAGAUGACAAGGUGCUGGCAGGCUACAAAAUGAUGGGAGGCAGUGAUACUGUCAGUGGGGACAAGGAUGGGGUCCACACCACUGCAAUACACGUCCCCAUCGGCUGGCAGAGGAGAGUGGAAGGAGGGCAGGUACUCUAUGUCAGUCCCAGUGGCACUACCCUGUCCAAUCUGGAAGAGGUCAAGACCUAUCUGAUGACUGAUGGCACCUGCAAAUGUGGCCUCGAGUGUCCUCUCAUCAUCAACAAGGUUUUCAAUUUCACAGUGGGUGUGAAGGUGGAACAGCACAGCCAGCCACUGGGCAAAGCAGAGCAGGACAUGACCAAACUCUGUAAUCAUCGCAGGAAAGUGGUGGCAAUGGCUGCCCUGUGUCGCAGUAUGCAGGCUUCACAGCUGCCCUUUGCCAACUUUCAUCAUCCAGGUAACCAAGAGAUGAGCAAUCGGGUGGACAGUCGUGAUACAAAGGGCGAAUCCACAGAGCGUGAAGAAGAGGACCGUGGCAUUUUCUGUCCCAAACUCCAUCCAGUCCCAGCUCGACCCCAGAACAACCUUCACCCAAAUCCCUGCACCAGUCCUAAAUCCUCUCACCAUUUUAUUUAUCCUUACAAUGGCUCCUCCUCUGUCCUUCACCCAGCCACAAACUCUCACUAUCCACUAGAUGUCUUUAGAAGACUUCACCAUCCUGCUUUCUCAGCAUCUUCCAGCUCUUCCUCCAGCUCAUUUCCAGCGUACAGCACCCCCCAGAGGUCACCCCGUACUCCCACUCCUCAAAGCAACAGUCAAGGUCAAAGAACACCUAAAACCCCAGAGACUCCUGUUUCUCCUCGGCUAGGACCCCUCUCUUCACCUCCCCCCUCGUCCCCUGUUACCCUUGGUGGAGGAGGAAGAGGAACACAGACUCAUCCUCAUCAUCCUCAUGUUGUAAUUGUGGGAGGUUCUACCCCACCCUCCCUCUCUCCCUCUGUCCAUAACAUGUCUAUGUCUCCACACCAGCGCUCCUGCCACCCAUCAGCUUCUCCAUCCUCUCUGUCUGAGCAGGGAGGAGGCUUACCAGCAGCAGAAGGAGGAACGCUGAUGGGAAAUAACUUGCCUCAGAGGAGGAAAUCUACCUCUUCCUCUCCACACUCCCCACUUCCCAGUGGCUCCCCAAACCCCAGCCCCCAGCUCCCCAAAUACAAGCUGGAAGACAUCCUGGAGCAGUUUAAGAACUCAGGCAAUAGCAGCACUAAUAAUCACCACCUCCUAAACCCUAAUAAUCCCUCCUUACUGACCAACCAAAGCAGUAGUAACCCUCAUGGUCUUUCCUCAAAGCCCUCAAAGACUCCAACCUCCACUGCAGGAUCACAAGUUUUUGGGUUGAACUCUGCAGGGCCCUCUAGUUUACCUCUGGGGCCAUAUCUGAACCACCACCAUAGCCAUCAGGGCAAGCUGCCACAUCCAGCUUCUUUCCCUGCAAGUAGCCUCCUCUCUGCAGCUGCCAAGGCUCAGCUGGCUAACCAGAUAACCCAGGGCCAGAGCUCAAAUGUGGCCAGCAACGCAGUGACCUUGGCCUCUUCUCUGGAGGUCCUGAAAGAGGCACAACAGCAACAGGCAUCAAAGGUAACAAACAGCACUUUACAUAACAGCCACUCUCCCUCCUCCAUUGCUUCUUCUAGGCUUCCCCAUCCCUCCCUUGCAGCAGCCUCCACUGUUUUCUUUCCUCCAUCACACUCUCUGGUCCAGUCCCUGGCUUCCUCCUCAUCCCAUCUGCCACAAUCAGCAGAGCGUAACACAUCGUAUAGGAAGCGGCAACGUCGAUCUCCCACAGUCCUCAGCAUGCUAACAGACACCAAGCAGCUCUGUAAUGGGCUGCGGAAGACCCCACCAGAAGAUGCUGUUUCUGCUACAGUUAUCAAUCUUUCCUCCUCGUCCACUUCAUUCCCCUCCUCCUCCUCGCAUUCCUCCUCUACCUCAGCUGUGCAGAAUCAGAAUGCCAUCAUGUCAGAUAACCAUCAUCAACUCCUCUCUGGGCAGAUGCCCAGGUUCCCUGCUCCUCGACAGACGGCACAGCUUUCCAGGCCUCUGCGCCCAAAUGAGGCCCUGGACUUCACUACAGGACCGACACCCACAGCCACCCCUCUUGGCUUGGAUCCUCCAACCCAGCCUUUGUCUGCCCUGUUACACCUGCUCAGUUUGCAGAAUGUGCAGGCCACAGUCUCAGCAUCCAGCUCUGCCUUAGCUCAGUCUGGAUCUGUGUCUGUUGAAGGAGGUGGACACACUAAUAAACAGAGCCCCAAGCAGUCACCUUCAUCUCCAACCCAUCAGUCUAAUGUCAGGGACUCGCCGACUCGGUCACCUUGCCGAACAGAUAACACUAAUUCUCCCUCAUUGAGUCCACAGCCACUUUCUCCUCCUCCCCCCUCCUCUCAGUUCACAUCAGCGCAGUCUCAUCUUUAUCCUCAGUCCACUAAGUCAACUCCUCUUCAAAAAGAUUCUUCGUGCACAGUGUUACCAAACUCAGAUUUCCACAACAGCAGCAGCCCAUCUCAGCAGACACCCCCAUCUUCCUUUGGCAAGCAUCAACAAACCGAUAAUCACAUUCCUUCAGUAGAUCCUGCUUCCCAGUCAUCUUUACAGGUUGCCUCACCUCAGGGCACUGUCACAAGAGAGAUUGUUAGUAAGAACGAACCUACGUCAGUGGACCUUAGUCAUCCUCAAGGCAGUGUUCCUGUAGGGGUAUCCACUUCCCCAAAGCCUCUAGAUCUUAGCAACCACGUCCUGGCCAUUCUCGCAGCAUCUUCUAAUGUUCCCCAAGGGGAGGGCAACUCUUCCAGCCAUACCUCUGAUGUUGAGAUGUCUUCCCCAGGAAAUCAAACUGCAGGAACGGAGGAGUCUGAAUUUGGGGACCCAAAGAUCUCCACAUUGACCAAACCUCCAGCCACCAGUCCCGGGCUCACUAGCUCCUCUCGUCAAGGAGAGAAUCACAGUCCUCCUAACCCUUCAGCUGUAGGUGACUCAGCCACUCCUUUAAGUCUGGCAGAGGCCUUUCCCUUCAUGAACCAAGAGCAGCUGCUCCAGCUGCUGUCGUCUACAGGAGGAGUACCAUCUGUCCUGGACCCCACAGUCCUGGCUUCAUUGCCCCUAGGGGGCCUUUGGUUGGGAGGACAACAUGCACAAGUACCUCCUGCCAGUGUUGCACCGCAGCCACCACAUAAUCUGUCAGACCAGCAGUCAGAGCAGCAACAGCAGCAGUUACUGAUAACACAGCAAGAAGAUGCACAGCAGCAAAACCAAGACCAACAACAAAAGCAACUGCAGAUUAACAACAAUCAUCUGUUUCCCUUGUUACCCCUGUUGAGUGGUGCCCAAGGGGAGUUCCCUCUGAACCUUUUAGGGCUGCUGAAUCCACUUCCAGCCCCAGCGUCGGCCCCUUCUGCAGGGCAGGAGGCUGAUUUGACAGAAAAACCCAACCUUCACGCUCUGCUAAUGGCCUCCUUGUUGCAACAGCAGGCUUCCUUGUUACCUCUAUCUGCGCUGGGUCAGUUGAGCCAGGUCAGCUUGGAAGUUCCUAUCCAGCAGUCACAGCAGAUCUCUACUACAUUGGAGGGCCUCAGUCUGGAUAAGACCUCUGGCCUGCUGGACCCAUCAACCCUAACUGGGCCAGGGCUCUUGGAGGUCACUCAGGGCCUCCUUCCUAUUCCUGCAGGAGCUGAAGGCUCUAUCCAAGCCCUUCAGUCUCUACUCAUUCCCGCCACUCUUCCUCCUCCCUCUGCAGCCUUCCUGCCCCUCAGCCCUGCCUUGCUCACUGCUGCCCUGAGCUCUGCUGAGCUCCACCCGCCUCCCAAUACCCAAUUAGCUCCUGCACAGCAAACCCAACAUACCCAACCUCAGGUACCCACAGAUGCUGGUGUUGACACGCUCAUACCCGUAUCUCUUCAAAGCAAGGACAACCCCAUCCUCCAACAGUUACUCCCCACUUUGCUGAACCCUGCUAUAUUAGGAGAUCUUCCUGGCCUCACAGGCCUCCAUAACAUUGUGGGGAUUGGAGCAGGUUCCAUUCUCCUACCACCAGUCCAGGCCUCUGCUUUGGGGAUGCCACUGCUACAGGGCCAUGAUGGAGCAAUCAACUUACUCAACAACAUACAGCUGAACCUUGCUCCAGCCUCAGAAGGAGAGAAGCCAGUAUCCUUGCAGGACGCUCAAAGCCCUGCCCCACAGGAAGACAUGCCAGCCAGUCAAAUCACUCCUGAAGUGAUCCCAAGUCCUGUUCCAGCUCUAGCUCCAGCUGCUGCCCAAGAAUCCACUCCAGCCUCUCAGCGAGGAUCUGAGGGCAGAUCUGUCAUUGAUCCUUAUACUUCUUUCAUGGACACGAUUUAUACCUCUUUUCUUCAAGUCAGUGCUAAAGAGCAGGAAGAUGGGGCCCAUUUGGGGCCAUCUGACCCCACUUCACCCUUCUGUGCCUUACCUCCAGUUUCUUUUCCUGUGGAGCACCAUACACCGUCCACAACUGUCCCAACUCUGCCACAAGCAAGUGCCCCAGUUUCCCUUAGCCCACGGCGGGCUUGUUCCCUACGCAACCCAGACUUAUCCCGACUUAGUCUGGAAGCAGCAGCCCAUUCUCCAGCCCAAGGGACACCCAAACCCACUGAAGAUGGGUCUGUGUCCCCCUUACAAAGGAAACCAGUUAUGGUAGAGGGACAUACUCACCCAGAACCUCCUCUUCCACCUAUAUACUUGGAGGAGGCCAAGACAGACUGUGCUGGGCCUGCUGCAUCUAUGUGCCCUUAUGUAGAUCCAGGUGUGGAUAGGCAGGGGCAUCUUCCCCAAGUAGGGUAUCUCAGUCCUGGGGAUGAAUGCAAUAGUAGGCCCACUGAAGAGACAACUGGGACAUUGCUGCACUCUGAACAGGGAAUGGACCAAGCAGGAGCAGCGGGUGGAGCCAGAAGAGGAAGGAAAAGGAAACAAACGCUUCAGAAUGUGUUAGAAGACUUCAGAGACGUGGAUGCUACAGCACUAGAGGAAACCAAGGCUACAACAGCACUGCUGAAGCCUGAGAGGUCAGUGCGCGGCAGGCGGCGACGAGGCGCCAGGUCUCAAAGGCAGUGAUUGGUGGAGGGUGCCAUCAUUCAGAGCUGUUCACCAAUGAAAGGCAACCAGAUGCCUCUGUAUACCCCUCCAUCUCUCCAACCUCAUCACUACUGUUUUAGACCUUAAAAAAAAAAAUCAACUGCACUAAUAUGAUGCUGUCAUGUCAACCAUUGUUAUGGCAACCACUAUGAACAGAUAGGAGAAAGAUCUAGUCUGAGUUUAUUUCAAAAGGUGAAAAACAUGAAGAGAGAUUUUGUGGAUACUUUUUUCACUUGUGUUUUCUCUUAGGUCACAAAAUAAUGGUUGCGUUACAUUGUGAACAAUGAUCUGUCAAUUAGGUUGGUGUUAGAAUUAUAUCAAUGAGAAAACAUGAAAAUAACAAACGAGUAAUGUUUUCUCCUCAUCAGUGUGUUACUGUGAGUCAGGACGAAGCCCAUCUACUUGAACGAUGCUCUCUGUUGAAAGUGUGUCUGUACACGUGUGGAUGAGUGUGUCCUUUUAUGUGUUUGUGUGUGUGUGUGUUGGACAACAGUGCUGUUGCUGAGCCCCCCACUGUCAGGCCGUUUUUCAUUUCAGUGAGACCUUGUCUUUUUAGUAAGAUGAACGUCUCUUUGUGCUUGUAUUUUAGAGAAAUGUUCCAGGUUUUCAGAAGGUGCUGAAAGAGACUACAAGAAGGAAAAAAACUUGACUUUUUUUUUUUUUCUUCAAAGUAUGUUAUAACCUUUGUGGGAUAAACCAAGGAACUAGUCUGGUUUACUCAAUCAGGUUUCUUAGGUAGUAUAUAUCAGUGGCUGAUUACAAACAGGAAAGUUUUUCAUUGAAUAUAAUUUCACAUAUCAUGUGAGAUGUAUUGGUUUCCAUGUUAAACCAACAGAAAACGUUAAUUUGAAGUUGUUUUGUACAACCUUGAAUCAUGUUGCAAUGCUCCAGGGUUCCCAGUGACUCCAACCAUACUGAUGUUUGUAAAAAUUGCAAAACAGGCAACAAAUAUAGUGCAACUCAUGAAACUCACGAGUGCCGUUUGUCAUAAUUUGGCAACCCAUUUACAUUUCAGAUGCUGUGUUACUUGACACUGUGAAGAAUUACAUGUAGCUCUGGUGACUUACAUGGGAUGAGACCCAGCCAAGAGAUAAGUCUAUUGAAAAAAAAAAAAUAAAAUAAAGAGGCUUAAUUUUGAAGUUAAACAGGAACCAGGUGUUUACAGAAAGUACUGUAUGUCCUUUGAUUGGAUGAAUGGAUGGCUGGAAUACUUAAAACACAGAGAGCGAUAAUGUCUUAUGUGGAUCUGUUGAGUCCGUGUGUUACUGUGGAUUUGGAGUGAUAUCCUUGCUCUGUCUCCCCCGUCACUGUUUGAGCUCUCCUCCACACACUGCCCUGCCCCUGAGAGUACUGGCAUCUCUAGCUGUAUUUAAAAUAAAAUAACAAAAAAAAGAAUAAAGAAAAGUGAAAAAGAAAGCAGAUUAUGCAAUUUCUACACUUGGAGAUUUGUACAUAUGUACAGUUAAUGUGUUUUAUUUUGAUUUUAUAUUGUUAGAGACAGAUGAGAGAAAACAAUGAAUUGUGAAUUUUUUCUGGGAAUUGUAAUUAAGUAUUUUUCUCAUUCUACCCCUUGCUUUCAAUACUUAUGUUAAAAAAAAGACGAUUAAAUUGUGGACUGUAGCUUUCUUUUUUUAUAUGGGAGUCGUUUUUUAUUUAAUAUUAAACUAUU